GCGGCCCCGGGCAUCCACAUGGCGGGCGGGCGAAGAUUUAACGAGCAGGCGCCCCCGCCACGUGUGGGUAUCGUUCUCCCAGCCGAGCCGCUGUGGAGUUUUUCUUCCCGUGCGGAGGAGCCCCCGGGCCCCCGCAGGCCUCUUCUCUGCCCGUACCUCAAAAGGCAGGAGAGCUCCCUCCCGCCUUCCUGUCCCCGGUAACUGGAUCCGGCUCUGGGCUUGCGUAACGGCUCCUCUGCGCAGCUCUGUCCCCCCCGUCCAGCAGCAGGUGCUUGGUGUGCCGUGGGCGGAGGCGCCAGCAGGAGCAGCAACAGCCGUCCGCAGGAGCCGUCCGGGGCGCAGGACCAGGGAGUGGACUUGCCUGGAAGCAACCCCCCCGGCUCCCCCCCCGUUGGAAUCGCUGCAGCUGCACCUCGGGGUGUCUCUUCCCAGCUGGCCUCUCGCCUGACCUGACCCCUGCAAAAGGCGCAGCAGCCUGUGCGCGCAGGAACCCCCCCCCCCCUAUUCCAGGCGAUGGGCGUUUCUACAGGAUGAGAGACCCGGGACUCCAGCGCUGAAUAGCUCCUGCCAGUCUAUGAAAGCAUUACUGAGCAAGCUGGAUCGUCUGACUUGGCAGGAGGCCCCUUCCUGGGUGCCUGGGAUGGAUACCUUCGGCAAAGGCGAAAGGGAGCCCUUCAGAGUUGAACUCUGCCAUUUAAAAUGGGGUUAGGCCAACGCCGAACCCAGUGACAGGCUUGCUUCCAGCCAGCGAUGACCACAAGGACGCCUGGGUCCGGGAUAACGUCUACAGCAUCCUGGCGGUUUGGGCACUGGGCUUGGCCUACCGUAAGAACGCAGACCGUGAUGAGGACAAGGCGAAGGCAUACGAACUGGAGCAGAGCGUGGUGAAGCUGAUGCGGGGACUCCUCCAGUGCAUGAUGAGGCAGGUGGACAAGGUGGAGGCUUUCAAGUACAGCCAGAGCACCAAGGACUGUUUGCAUGCCAAGUACAACACCAGCACUUGUGCCACGGUGGUGGGAGAUGACCAGUGGGGCCAUCUGCAGCUGGAUGCCACCUCCCUCUACCUGCUCAUAUUGGCUCAAAUGACAGCCUCAGGGCUUCACAUAAUUCACAACCUCGACGAAGUCAAUUUCAUCCAGAACCUCGUCUUCUACAUCGAAGCGGCUUACAAGACAGCUGACUUUGGGAUAUGGGAACGUGGUGACAAGACGAACCAGGGAAUCACGGAGCUGAAUGCCAGCUCUGUGGGGAUGGCAAAGGCAGCCCUAGAGGCUUUGGAUGAACUUGACCUCUUUGGUGCCAAGGGAGGCCCCCAGUCGGUGAUCCACGUGCUGUCGGACGAAGUGCAACACUGCCAGUCCAUUCUCCAUUCCAUGCUGCCGAGGGCUUCGAUGUCCAAAGAGAUUGAUGCCAGCCUCCUCUCGGUCAUCUCCUACCCUGCUUUUGCCGUGGAAGACAGCGAGCUUGUGGAGAAAACCAAACAGGAGAUUAUCACCAAGCUGCAGGGCCGUUAUGGGUGCUGCCGGUUUCUUCGUGAUGGCUACAGGACCCCCAAGGAGGACCCCCAUCGCCUCUACUACGAGCCGGCAGAGCUGAAACUCUUUGAGAACAUUGAGUGCGAGUGGCCCCUGUUCUGGACCUACUUCAUCAUUGACGGCAUUUUCAGCGGCAACAUGGAGCAGGUUCAGGAGUACCGAGAAGCCCUGGAAGGGGUUCUCAUCAAGGGGAGGAACGGAGUCCGGCUGGUGCCAGAGCUGUACAGUGUCCCUAUGGAGAAGGUCGAUGAGGAGUACGGCAACCCUCACAUGGUUGACCGUGUGCCUCAGGGCAAGAUGCCACUGAUGUGGGGCCAGUCCCUCUACAUUCUGGGCUGUCUCAUGGCAGAGGGGUUUCUGGCUCCAGGGGAAAUUGACCCUCUGAACCGCAGGUUCUCCACAGUCCCAAAGCCUGAUGUGGUGGUGCAGGUGUGCAUCCUGGCCGAGACGGAUGCUAUCAAGGCCACCUUGCAGGAGGAGGGCAUUGUGGUGGAGACGGUUGCAGACGUCCAGCCCAUUCGCGUGCAGCCAGCAAGAAUCCUCAGCCACAUCUAUGCCCGACUAGGUCGUAACAAGCGCAUGUGCCUGAGUGGGCGUCCCUUCCGGCACAUGGGUGUCCUUGGGACCUCCAAGUUCUACGACAUCCGAAACAACAUCUUCGCCUUCACGCCACAGUUCAUCGACCAGCAGCAGUUCUACCUGGCCCUCGACAACACAAUGAUUGUGGAGAUGCUGCGGACGGACCUCUCGUACCUGUGCAGCCGCUGGAGGAUGACAGGGCGACCGACCAUCACCUUCCCCAUCUCUCAUACUAUGCUCGACGAAACUGGCACCAGCAUCCACCCGGCUGUUUUGGCAACGCUGCGGAAGCUGCAAGAUGGCUAUUUUGGAGGGGCAAGGAUCCAGACUGGUAGGUUAUCUGAAUUCCUCACCACGUGCUGUCGCACCCACCUCAGUUUCAUGGACGCCGGCCCAGAGGGUAAGCUCUAUGCUGAUGAUUAUGGGCUCAGCCUUGACAGCUUCAGUGAUUUAGACCCUGAGGACUGGCUGCAUGGCUUUCGAAUGGCAGAAGAUGCUGACAUUUGCGAUGAGCUAGCUCAGUAUUUAGAUCACCUUCUACAGCACACAGCUCCCAAGGCCAACCUCCCGCCCGUCGCUCAGAAGGGGGGUCUGCAACGUUUUCGUGCCGCGGCGCACACCACCCGGGAGCUCGUGUCUCUGCGGUCCAUGGCCAAAGAGCUGCACGUUGAGAAUGUCGACAUGUACAUUCCCUCCAAGCUUUUCCAGUGGUGUCAGCAGUCCGUCCACCUGCUGGGCUCGACACACAAGCAGGACACCAAGCCAUCUCUCCCUGCUGAGGUGAACCUCCCAAAGGAUGCAGAUGGGAACGUGGACUGCUGGGCUUUGGUGGAUCAGCUCCGCGCGUGUCAGACCCUGCAGGACCAGGCCAACUGUCUCUACAUGCUCUACAUCCUAAAGGGUCCAGACUGGGACACGGAGAUCUAUGGUGAAACGGGGGCCUCUGUCAACGACCUUCUCCUGGAGCUGUAUGGUAAAGUUGGGGCGACUCGCCAGUGGGCCCUGAUCCGCUACAUCUCUGGGAUCCUAAAGAAGAAGGUGGAAGCUCUUGAUGAGGCCUGCACUGACUUGCUCUCGCACCAGAAGCAUCUGACAGUGGGUCUUCCUCCGGAGCCUCGUGAAAAGACCAUCUCCAAUCCGCUGCCGUAUGAGGAACUCACCCACCUGAUAGACGAAGCUAGCGAGAAGAACAUGACUGUCUCCAUCCUGACGCAGGAGAUCAUGGUUUACCUAGCCAUGUACAUCCGGACUCAGCCUGCUCUCUUUGCGGAGAUGUUCCGCCUGCGUAUCGGCCUCAUCAUCCAGGUGAUGGCGACGGAGCUGGCACAGUCACUGUCUUGCUCAGCCGAGGAAGCUACUGAGAGUCUGAUGAAUCUCAGCCCUUCCGAAAUGAAGAGACUCCUGCACCACAUCCUCAGCGGCAAAGAAUUUGGAGUGGAACGGAGUGUACGCAGCAUGGCUUCAACCAUGACCCCGGCCGUUUCCAUCCGUGCAAUUGGCGCUGUUGGAGCGACAAAAACAGAGCGUGCCGGGAUUGUCCGCCUCAAGAGUGAGAUCAAACAGCAACUGAAUAAAUGUAGGCAGUCUAAGUCUGAGAUUAAGUCUGGCGGUUUGCACUCCUUAGAGGCCGGCAUGGAACUUUUCCAGUUGCCCCCACACUCCACAGCCACUUGGUCUGGAGGCCCCCAGGCUGGCAUGCUGGAGGACCACACCUCCAAGGAUGGGCGCCAAGGCCAGUGGCAGCGGAGGCGACGGCUGGACGGGGCCCUCAACAGGGUCCCCGUGGGGUUCUACCAGAAGGUCUGGAAGAUCCUGCAGAAGUGCCACGGACUCUCUGUCGAAGGGUUUGUCCUUCCUUCUUCCACAACCAGAGAGAUGACUCCAGGAGAGAUCAAGUUUGCAGUCCACGUUGAGUCGGUCCUAAACAGAGUCUCUCAGCCAGAGUACAGGCAGCUCUUUGUGGAGGCCAUCCUGGUCCUGACUCUCCUGAAUGAUGUGGACGUGCACAGCAUUGGGGGCCUCAUUGCAGUGGAGAAGAUUGUGCACAUUGCAAACGACAUGUUCUGCGAGGAGCAGAAAAUCCUGGGUGCAGAUGAUAGCAUGCUGGAGAGGGACCCAGUCACCGGCAUCUCCACUUUGCUUUACGACAGCGCCCCUAGUGGCAGGUUUGGCACCAUGACCUACCUCUCCAAAGCUGUGGUCACCUACUUUCAGGAGUUCCUCCCCAGCAGUGGCUGCACCAUGCAGUAAGCUGGUCUGGGUUUCUCAGAACAGCCUUGGGAUUCAAGGCCAGCCUUGAGCUGCCUUGUCAGCAGAUGGGCUCCACUCAGACCAUCUCCCCUGAGCAAACCUGUCCUGUUCUGGGUCUGAACUGUCUUGGCAAUGCAAACUGGAAACGAGCUUGGUGCUGCGACUGGCAAUUCAGCAAGCAAAAUGGGAUUCUUCUGAGUGUUGCCAGAGAGCAAGGAGUUGCCUCGAAGAAAAAUGUUACAUGCAGAGAGCCCAUUUCACUCCCAGCAGAGGACCUUUGCUUCUCAGGCAGAGGCCUAUGGGAAAGGGGAAGGGGGGUGGCUGUUUGCACUGCUUUGAAGAGCUUCUUUUCACAGAGGGCUGCAGAGGACCAGAGAGUUUCUCCUGCUUCCGGUUGCUUUGUGAGGGCUCCUUUUUCCAGACUUCAUGGCUAUGUGGGGUUUUCUUUCAAUUAUGCUGGACUUUUUACCUUUGGUGUGUGUUGUUUUUUAAAUGAAACUGGGGUUGUCGCUACAACUGUCUUACCAUCCACAAAACCCUUCUCUGCAGGUCUCCCCAGUAGUAACAGCCUAUCAAUGAGUGCCUUUCAAUGUAGACUUUGCCUUUACCAUGUAACCAGCCUCAUCAUGAGUGACUUGUCCUGACUCGCUCUCACUCAAAGAGCAGAUGCCUGAACUAUUGGAAGCGAGCCUUGAAGGCUUUUGGCCACUUUGGUGAAGGUAUUCUGGACUGGAGGAAGCUCCAAAUUUUCUGAUGUAAAAGCUAUUUUAAAAAUAUUAGUCCCCUCUUUAAGGCAGUGGCUUUUGCAAAACAAAAUCCAUGUGUAGCCAGCAAAUGCUUUUUUGGUGGGGGUGGGGGAGGAGAGGAGGCCCUCAGCUUCUUCUUGGGGCUUCCCCUUGAUUGUCUUCCUAAGUCUGUAAAGAGACUGAAAACAGACAGUUCUGCUAACAGGUGCUUGACUCCUGUGACCGGUUCCUGCUUUUCGGAGGGGGUGGGAAUGAGGGUGGGCCCUUGUGGGAAUUUGCUUUUCUGGAGAAUGUCUCUGUCUGCCCCAUUCCAAGGAGGAUUGAUGGCUUUGCCUUCUGAGGAGGGGGCUUCCUGGCUCAGUGAAAAGCAACAGAAGCUUUGGAGGCGCUUGACUAGUAAGGAGGCGGCGGGAGAAAGUCAGCCUUGCCAAAUAUUUAAAAUAUCAAGAUGGCUUUCUGGGAAAGAGUCCACUGAGUAUCCAUGUGCAGCAGGCAAGGAAGUUUCAGACUGUGGCAGGUUGCAGCUUUGGGGACGGAUUUCAUUUCACUUGGCGUUCUGAGGGGAAGAUCAGGAUUGCUAAAAGCCCAUAGGAUUUUUGAAAAGUGCUGCUGUCCAGGCCUAGCUGUUGGCUGGCAACAUGAGCCCUUUUUUGUGUGCAGUAAAUUGAACUGCUGUUUGAAAACUGCUUGUUUCUCUUAAGUGCCAAAUAUUUGAUUUGAGGGGGACAAAUCAGGGACAGUGUGUUCCCCCCCCCCCAAAUCUCAAAGUCAAGUGCAAAAAUAGAGUGAGUUUCUAGUAAGUCUUAUGGGAUGGUAUUCUGCCCUCACAUGGAUUUUGCAAUGCACUUUCAUAAUAGUUUACUGACAUACUCAUUUGCACUUUUUGUUCAGUUAGGGCUCUUGGGCCAUGCAAAGUUCUGGAAAAGACACAUCUUGAUCUUUGUCUUUUGUAUGCCCCAUAGCAUUAUUAAAAUGCUAAACUGCUCCACUGAACAUGUUUUGAAGAUUAAAAGCCUAGAAUAAAAUGUCUCAAUUUCAUUA